GUCUUGGCAUUUAUUCGAAGCAGAAUCACGUUUCCAGGCCACUGCUUACCAACUUUUCACUUUGACACUGAAAGAGACAGUCACACUCUAAAACACGCAUACGUUCGUAGAGAGAGAAACCAAAAAUGGAGAGAAAGACGCUUCUCGUCUGUUGCCUUGUUGCAUUCUUGGGCCUGUUGGCGGCUGCAACUAGCUUCGCUGCUGAAGCCACAAGGAUUAAGGGUUCUCAAGUUCAUUUUGUUACACCGAAUCAGUGCACGUAUCCUCGAAGUCCAGCUCUAUCUCUUGGUUUAACUGCAGCACUGGCUCUUAUGCUAUCUCAAAUAGUCAUAAAUGUUGCAACUGGGUGUGUUUGUUGCAGAAAAAGUUCUCAAAUUCCAGAUUCCAAUUGGAAGGUGGCACUGGUCUGCUUUGUUUUGUCCUGGUUCACAUUUGUAAUCGCUUUUCUGCUGUUGUUAACCGGCGCUGCGCUGAAUGAUCAACGUGGUGAAGAGAGUGUGUACUUCGGCUACUACUACUGCUAUGUUGUGAAACCUGGAGUUUUUGCAGGGGGUGCAAUUUUAUCCAUUGCAAGUGUUGCAUUUGGAAUUGUUUAUUACAUUUCCUUAACCAAAGGAAAGAAUGGUGGCCAAUACCCAUAUCCUAAUCAAGGGGUCAUAGCCAUGGCACAACCACAAAUUCCACCAUCAUCGGAGUCUGGUCAAGAACCUGUCUUUGUGCAUGAAGACACAUACAUGAGGCGACAAUUCACAUGAUUGGUUUUGAAUUUUACUCUUAGGAAGCAGUGUUUGUUUGUGCAUAUGCGUCACUUUUUAUGAGGUAGUUAUGGCUUUUGCCUUGUUUAUAAUUGGGUUGUUCCAGACAAUAGAAUAUUAAGAUGUUAGACUCUGGUAGAAGAUGCAUGUGGAGUUAGAUUUGGAUAUUAUCUAAAAGUAUUUCAAAGGUAUGCAAAUACUAAAUGAUAGACUAAGAAAUUUUGAUUAGAAAAGCAUAUCAAUGUUCUGAGUUCA